UCUAUGGUAGUGGCCGACCCGGAAGAGGCUCCUCAGGGGGAGACUGCACACAGUAGCAGUGCUGAUAGCUGCGGAGGGGGACGGCUGGGUCAGGCGUUCGCUUUUGGCUGCCUGAGCCAUGGCAGGCACGGCGCUCAAGCGGCUCAUGGCGGAAUAUAAACAAUUGACUCUGAAUCCACCAGAAGGAAUAGUUGCUGGACCUAUGAAUGAAGAGAAUUUCUUUGAAUGGGAAGCUUUGAUAAUGGGCCCAGAAGACACUUGCUUUGAGUAUGGAGUUUUCCCCGCUAUUCUGAGUUUUCCGCUUGAUUAUCCUUUAAGCCCUCCAAAGAUGCGGUUCACAUGUGAGAUGUUUCAUCCAAACAUCUAUCCAGAUGGAAGAGUUUGCAUCUCUAUUCUUCAUGCUCCUGGGGAUGAUCCCAUGGGUUAUGAGAGCAGCGCAGAACGAUGGAGCCCAGUUCAGAGUGUGGAGAAGAUCCUCUUGUCAGUAGUUAGCAUGUUGGCAGAGCCAAAUGAUGAAAGUGGAGCCAAUGUCGAUGCCUCUAAAAUGUGGCGGGAAGACAGAGAGCAAUUUAACAAAAUAGCCAAGCAAAUUGUUCAGAAGUCACUUGGGCUUUAGAAAAAGAAAGAAAACUGAAACAAUUGACAAUCAUAGUGUUUGAACUCUUCUCAGAUGGAUAGAUGACUAUAUUAUUUUGUUGGUACCAAAAGACAAAUCUUGCAAAAUUGUUCACUAAGUUUCUUAAUCCCCUCCCUUUUUUCUCAUUGAAAAAGAAACUCUUUCCCUUGGCCUAAGACAUGUAAGUAAAUGGGAUACAAACAAAUUUAGACAUAGAAAAAAAUGUUACAUUGCGCUGUAGAUAUUUGUAUAUCUCUUCAGUUGUAUUCAUAGUGUGUUCCUACCAUCUUUCAAUGCAGAUCUUAAUGGAGUACUGUGCAUGUACUUGAUGUGGGUUUGAGCAGGUGUGUAGAUUUACAACUGUUAGUAGGGGGAAUAACCCGUUUAAACACUUUUGGAACCAAUUUGCUGGAAAUGGAGAACCACCCUAUUAAGGAUCUUCCUUACAUAAUUUCAUGUAACGAGAUAAAUAGAGAACUUGUGGCAUCUAAAAUGUUGCAGAAAAAUGGCAUCCUUGAGGUUAAAUGAGAAUAUAGUUAAGCUGUUGGACAAGGCUGUUUUAUGAGUAAGUCUCUAAUGGAGGUUAACCAGGCAAAAAAUGGAAAGUAAUAGUAGCUUUUACAGCUAUAGUAUUUGGCCAUCCUAAAUGAUGUCCCUUGGCUGCUUUUGAAAGCCUUCAAGCAUGAUCAAGUUCUUGUUGAGAUGUUUGUUGAACUUGUUACAGUUCAAAUAGGCUUAAUGUUAUAGGAGUAGCCCUCAUUCCUAAAAUGUAUGGGUUGCUUGUAACAGUCACCUUUACUCAGAAUGGAUGCUGGGGGAAAUUAUAUACUGAUAUACAACUGGUCAGAUAGUUUUCUUGAAGAAAUUACUCUUCAGCUAGUUAUUCUUCGAUGUUGUUCUGACAGUACUCAUACCUAAUGUAAAGAGACUGUUUUGAAUCUGGCAUUGCCCAGACUAUACUCCUAAUGACAAUGGGAGUAAUGGGACAUACAGUAUGUCUUUCUUUGAAAUCCAAUAUGAAUAUUGCCUUGGAUUAGCAGGAGCUGGUACCUCAUAGUUUCAAUAACUUUUGUAUUCUGGGUAUUUGUUGAAGAGGGUAGAGAGCUUUUAUCUUGGUGAGAUAUUCUUGAAAAAGAAAUCUGUAUUCAAACCAUGGGAAUGAAAUGUGCUCUUUUUCUUGCUUUCUGGGCAUACAUUUAGCAGUAAAGCAGGCUCUGUGUAUUUUGUGGUCAGAUAGUUAUGUAGCAGUUAACAUCUGUCACUCAUAAUGGAGCUUGUUUCUACUUCUGGUACUGUUUUAUGAUGCCAACUUUCAGGAAAUACCAUAAAAUAUAUUGUGUAGGCUUGGAUUUGGAUUAAUCUUGCACUGUGUACGUUUGAAUCAGAAUCCCAGAUCUACAGGGAUAAUUAUGAAGGCUUAGGCUGAUAAAUUGUCUUGUCACUACAAUAUCUUGUAGAUCUGAAUUCAUGGGGUUUAUUUCUUAUAUGGAACAUCACUUGGUAUCAUCUUUAUUUCCCAUGGAAUUCCAUACAUUGAACUGCUUAAGUGAGCAACUAAAACUAAUUCAGAUGCUAGUGGUAUGAUUUCCAGUGAAAAGAGCUUUCAUGAUCUGCCUAUUCACAGAGGAAGCUGAAUUCAGGCAUUCCUUCAGGCUCUUGAAUCUCUGACCUCAUAUGAGUGGAUUUUGGUGGCAGGAAUGCUAUUGGAAUUGCAUCUGAAUUGGACCCACAUCUUUCUGCACUAUGUAGUUUUGAGAAAGAGGUGUAACUAUGAGUGCAGGUGGAGGGGAAGUAGUAGCAUUUUACCAAAAUGGCUUCCACAGGUGUUGCUUUUCUCUACACAGAGUAGGUAUGUGUUAAAUUUAAAGGACACAGCGUCAUUUGAAGAAUACAAUAUAUUGGCAGCAUUUUGAAAGGCGGGUGCUCUAAACAUUGUUGCUUCAUGGUGACUUAAUGAAGGCACAUGGAAAAUUAUCCAGCUCUAAUACAGUAUUCAUAUAUAUUUAAAAACAUUUUUUUAUGAUGGGCAUGACUCUCUAAUGAAAAUAAAAGCAUAUUUUUGUUUUUGAAAAUACAA